AUGGCAAAGGUAUCGCCUGAUAUUCAGUGGCUUAUAAUUCGCAAGACAUCGUCAUUCCUGCAUCGGCAACGUGGCAUCCCCAAGCAUUUCAGCCGUGAGCGUUUCAACAUCAAAGGAGUGAAUAGCAUUCGUUUCAAUGGAUUGAUCCACAAGAAAGGACUGGAUAUUCAGGCAGCGCCGGACAGUAAGGGUAUCGUCGUAACAACAAAGAAACGAACAAAAACUGCGCUUCCUGUGAAUUCGACCGUUUCGGUGACGCUGAAGAAGAACAGUCGAAAAUCGUUGAAAAGCGUGAAAAAUAUCGCAUAUAACUAUCGAAAUGCACACAAAAUGGUUUGUUCUUACUUGAUGAACAGAACUAAGUACACUUCGAGCAGGAAAAAGUGUCUGUAA